AUUGACUUAUGUCCACCGUAGUGGACAUUUGAGUUUCAUCCCUCUCCUUUAAAUCUUUUGUGCUAGUCUCUUAAUUCCUGCUGUACUGUACAGAGGACAUCCUGGGCUUUUCAAUGAUAUGUUAUUUGAUUGGCUGGGAGGCCGGGAACCCCCUCUAUCUUUCAAUCCAAAAUGGACGGCAUAGGAACAAGCACAUUUUAUGGAAAGAUAAGAGAUUUGCACCUGUGUUACCUGGGCUUCCUGUGUGUCAAGAUGACCCUACAACACGUGCAGACUGGAGUCCAAUUGAAUACUUUUCACAGUACAUUGACAACAAGGUCUUUGAAGAUUUGGCAACAUACACAAAUCAAAGAGAGCUGCAAAGCAGAGGAGUGUGUAUGAACACUACGCCACAAGAAAUAAAAAUCUUCUUUGGCAUUUCAGUCCACAUGGCCUGCCUUGGCUAUCCCAGAAUUAAAAUGUUUUGGGCCAAAAAAACUAAAGUGCCAGUCAUAAGUAGCAAAAUGUCUAGGGAUAGAUUCUUCAGGAUAAGAAACUCCCUCAAGAUUGUCAAUGACCUGGCUGUAACAGAGGAAACAAAGAAGGCAGAUAUUCUUUGGAAAGUUAGGCCAAUACUCGAUCGUGUACGGCAAGGCUGUCUCAGCCUUGCAAAACCAGAGAGGGUCUGCAUUGAUGAGCAAAUCAUCCCAUUCACAGGCCGUUGUCCAGUCAGGCAAUAUGUUCCCGGCAAGCCAAACCCUACUGGCCUAAAGGUCUUUGUCCUCGCAUCCCCAAAUGGUCUGAUGCUUGAUUUUGAAGUCUACCAAGGGAAGAAUACCUUUACAGUCCAAAGGUUAGGAGUUGGAGCUGCAGCAGUUCUACGCAUGGUUGAAUCUGUUCCAAAAGGAAGCCACAUAUUCUUCGACAGGUACUUCACAACCAUAGAUCUAUUGGAUGCAUUGCUGGCAAAGGGCCUUCCUGCAACUGGAACUAUAAUGAAGAACCGUGUCCCAAAGCUGUGCCAGCUGCCAGAAGACAAACAGUUGAAAAAAGAGGGGAGAGGAACAUCAGUGUCAGUGGCCAGAAAGAGUCCUGAGCUGGCCAUCACAAAAUGGUUCGACAACAAACCAGUGCUCAUGGCAUCCACUGUACAUGGGAAAGACCCAGAAGACAUCUGUACCAGAUGGUCCAAGAAAGAAAAGCACAUGGUCCAGGUUAAAAGACCAGCAGUAAUUAAGCAGUAUAAUGACAACAUGGGUGGCGUGGAUCUUUGUGAUCGCAUGCUUAGCUUCUAUCGUAUGUCAAGCAGGACCAAGAAAUGGACAUCGCGUGUGAUCAGUCACUUCUUUGAUGUUGCCAUCACAAACUCCUGGAUACAAUACAAGUCUGACAGCAAAGCUCUGCACAGAGCAUCCAAGAACACACAUCAGUACCUGGACUUCAAAUUAGUCCUAGCUGAAGAGCUGUUGGAGAGUCCGGAACUGGAUAACAGCUGUGAAGAGAGUAGGAUGAGUAUGAGCCACCAUCUAAAAUGAGGAUCCCACAACCAGAGCCAUCUGUGCGCAGACUAGGAGCCAUGCACAUGCCUGAGAUGAUGGAUACCAAGCAUGCAGAAAGAUGCAGAAAUAAGGGCUGCAAGAGCAAGACGUACAUGAGAUGUACCAAAUGCAAGAUGUUCCUCUGCAUUACCAAAAAGAGAAAUUGCUUCCAGGACUAUCACCACUAACAAAGAACAUACUAAGAACAAAAUGAA